AUGGUUGCUGAGAAUACUAAAAUAAAAUCUGCAGAUGUGUCCAUGGAUGAAUUUAUAGCUUCCAAUAAGAAGUUGAUGAAAGAAAUUUUUAGUCAUUCCUUUACCACGGACGAUUCGCUUCUUUUUGGAACUCUGUCUCUUCUGCAAUCGCGCUGCGGCUCGUACAUAAUAGACUACAUUUCUCGAGAAGAAGAUGGUUCCGAAUUAGAGAAAUCCAAGCCAUUUGAACUUGCUCAAAAGCCUAUUUCAGAUCUGUCUCCUGAGGAGGUGAUUGAUCAUGUAUGGAUUGAUAUUCAUCAUCCAUCGAUAAAGUAUUUUCAAGGAAAAUUUUGGCAAACGAUAAAACCUCAACGGAAGGAUCGCCGAGGAAAAAAAGGUUAUGGAGGUCGAAGAAAUGGAUCUUAUUCAAAUGGGGCGACAGUGGAGCUACGCAAGCUUUUCGAUAGAUUUGUUAGAUUUGUUGGUCGCUGUCGAUCCUUUUAUUUUGAUGUUUUGCAUAAUUUACUUUCCAAAUAUGAUAUAAGCGUUUACAUUCCGGUGAAAAAGGUUUGUUCAACAUUGAGACUCGAUGAUUCCACCGAUAUUAAAGAGGACAAAACCAUACCCGAAGUCGAAACAGUUGCGAAGAUAGUUUAUAUCAUUCAUAAAUGUGUUUUGUAUAUAGGUGAUUUGUCACGGUAUAGGACAUUUGUCGCAAAAACAUAUUUACCUUCAACGGCGAUUUCCAAGGCUGACAACAAUAAUUAUAGCAAAUCCAUUGAGCUCUACAAAUUGUCUUUGUUGAUUCUGCCUUCGCUUGGUGAUCCUUACAACCAUAUCGCAAUCAUUGACAAUUUUAAAGAUGAUAAAUUCAACGUGGUCUACAAUUUUGUCAGGUCAUCGAUGACUAGCAGCCCUCUUAAGAUUGGAUUUAAUAAUUUGAUAAACCUUCUGGCAAAGCAACCAACACAAAAUCCGAUUCUUCACAAAUUUGAGUCAAGAAAUGGUCUGGACCGGAGAACAAUAACCAAGAACGAUCGCAUGGAACUAUUAAAGCUCCAAUUUCUGGUUUUGUUAAACUACUAUUUUCUUCCGGACAAGUGGAGAAUGAAGGAUGGGCUCCUUGUUAAAGGAUAUGAUAUUACCACUAUUGAAAAUGAUUUCUAUCAUCUUUUGGGAGAGCUUGAUUUUCAUAAGCAGAUCUUUAAUGAUUUCUACUUUAAGCAGUUGGUAGUUUUAACUGGAAUGUUUGAGAUGCUUAUAGAUAAAAAGAUGUCGCACUCUGAUCUUAAGCAAAGCCCUCAAAUCAUUUCCAGUUAUUUGGACUUUAUGUUUCGUUACAUUUUAACAUUAAUGAAAAUUGUUCUUGCCAACUGGGAUAAGGGUUCUUUGUCACCGGCAAUUUCGACAAGUUUACUUCCCACAAUUAGACUUCUAUUAUGUUGGCUGAAAGAGCGUGAGUUGGCAAAAUGCUAUUUGUUGCAAAAUUUGCCUUGCUCAACUGCUCUGGCUGAAAUUUAUAAUAAUGUGCAGAAAUUUUUCAAUGAGAAUCCAAACGUGUUAGAUAGAAUUGAUCAAGGUUUAUAUAAGGAUUUAUUUGCGAACCAGAAGUUGUUUGAACACAGACCUAAGCGGAAUAGACUCUUUAAAGAGGAUGUUACUUUGAAAGAGUUAAAGCCGAUCAAUUUCUAUAUGAGCGAUUUUGAUGACGAUCAUCUUUACAGAAAAGAUGAAGCUGCUACCCUUGCUCUUAUUGGUGAAUUGCCUAACGAGUUUCAUAAGAGCAUGAAGUUAAGUGAUAACAUGCUCAGGUUAAUUGCAGUUGGUACUUUAGCCAAGAGGCUUUUGUUGAUGAAUUCUGUUGGUAUCACUUUUGAUGAAACUUUGCAAGAGUUCAUUGUGAAAUAUAGAACUGACACAGAUUUGACAUUUCAAAAGGCCAGUAGUACAUUAAUUACACGAAAGAAAUCAUCAAUUGAAUCAGGUACGAAUGCCACAAAGCGUGAAGCUUCCAAAGGGCAAGCGCAUAGAAAAAAGAUACUAUCGAAAGGUAAAUUUUCCAAAUCUCAGCAGAAAUUUGAGCUCGAUAUCAGAGAUGGCCAAGGCUUGGAGGAUUCCUUAUUUACUGCCGAAGCUCUUAGAACAGAUAAAAAUGGUGUGAUUGAUGUAAAUAAGUAUGUGGGAAUGGUUGACACUUUAAUAAAUAAGAAGUCGGUUGAGAAAGGUCAGUUACCUCCAGAAGAGUCCAAAACCAAAGCUGCAGCUUCAGAAAGCCCGACAAUGCCUCAGGUUCGGAAACCAUCUUUGAAUUCUUACAGUAUUUUGUCCAAUAGCAUAUGGUCCAACAACCCUCCGAGAUCAUUAUCACCGCAAACUUCUUUGGAUAAUGAUAGUACGCGCACUGCAUCGCAAGAUUCAGGUAUAAACUUAGGAAAUGGGCAUCUGACACCUGCGAACACAAUUGGGGGAGUUCCUACGAAUGUAAACUUUACAGAUUUCAGUUCAAAAGUUUCAACUCCACAGUUCAAUGCUGGAUAUAUGAAUGUCUACGGUGGAUUUGGUAUGGCAUCUCCUUCCUCUCAAUAUCUUCCCAAAAAGUAUUUCUAUCCAAUGGAUGGUGUAAGCAAUAGUGUUGGGCCCAUUUUUAAUAGCUCGCCUCUGAACUUUAAUAUGAACAUGCCCUCUGGGUCUUUGGGAAUGGGAAUACCAUCUUUAAACCCAACACAUCCGAUGCAAAAUGAUCGGUCUAAUCCGCUAAGAAAGUCGGAUGAUUCAAUUUCGUCUUCCCAAACGUUCUAUCAAGGUGGCAGCGGAAAUAAUUCUACUAAUAUGAAUGCCAAUGGUUUCCUCAAUGACGGAAGUUCUUUUCAGGAUAAGUUUGCCUCAAACGGAAUACUGGGUUCGAAUUUCGACAACACAUAUCACAAAUAA